GUGGUGAAUGCGUCGUCCGGAAUUCAACCGCAGACUUCAGAACACUUGCUGUUAUGCUCUAUAUUCUGCCCAAAUCGAGUGGUGAUAGUAUUGAACAAGAUUGACCUAGUGGAAAAAGAUGAGAUUCCGGGAAUCACGAAGCGGGUGCGGAAAGCUCUGGGCGCGCUGGGAAUCUCGGAAAGCUCACCGGUUGAGCCGGUCCGCGGCCGCACAACAUAUUACCUCGCUUGUCGAAAAAGCGACGCUUGGCGAAGUCACCUGGGGCUUGAGGCUUAUCAAUUACCGUGA